UUCCGGAUUGUUUCCCGCGGUAUUAAAAUUAAUAUUUUAAAAUUUAUUUGAUUUUUUUGCAUUAGCGGCUAAUCAUUAGCUUGUUUAAUUUGAACUCAGGCUGAUAGACCAACGAAAACAGUUAUGUGAUUUCAGAAAUUUUGAUAGCUGAUUAGCUGUCAUCUGGACACAACUUGAGCCCUGCCAUAGAAAUGGAUAAAGAAAAGUCACUAAGAGCAGAAGCUGCUUCUGGAUCCGGAGCUUCGGGAGCGUCCAAGGGCUCCAGCAAACGCAAUCCAUCGAAGAAUCUCGACGAUGAAUUUUAUAAAGAAUUUCAGAUCGGGGCUGAUGUUUAUGUCAUUUAUUGCGGAAGAUGGCAUGCAGCGAAGGUGCGCAAACGGGAAAAGUGCCCGCAUCCCGAGCACCCGGAAACUGAAAUUUAUUCAUAUUUUGUUCACUAUCCUGGUUGGGGACCGCGCCAUGAUGAGUGGAUGAUGGCGGAUUCGAUGAUGGAUUUGACUGACGACAACCGAAAAAAAGUUGAUGACGAAAACGCGGAAUAUGAUGCUAAACUGAAAGCCGAAGGUAAAAAAGUUCCUAAGGAAAAAAAAAUUAAAUCGGCCCUGAAACCGAAAGCGCUUUCAACGGAAAAGAAAAAGAGCCAAGAAACUAGUGUGCCUAAAGAGAUCCCGGGAACUCCACCAGUAAAACCGCAAGAAAAGAAACGUGGCCGACGACCGAAGACCGAAACAGCGCUACCACCAGCGUCUACUGCGGCUCCGACUGAAGUGACUGUCAAGAAAGAAGAUGGUUUGGGCAGCGAAUCGGUAACGCCCGCAGUACCCACUUCAGCACCGCUGGACAAACCUGUUGAACAAGUGCCGGAAAAGGAGGAAAGUGAGGGAACUCCGGAAGAGCCUGCUGUGAAACGACCACGAGUGGAGCAAGAUUAUAUUGUGCUGAAAUACCACUACGACAAGACGAAUCCCAAGCAACCGAAUAAACAAUCGAAAUUUCAGGAAGGAUUGAUUCACGGUAUAAUGUCCACCGUCGGUGUCACGCAUGAUAGCUUAGAGCAGCAGAAAUCAGCUCAAGAGAAGCGUGAAAAGCUAGUGGAAUCAGCACGACUUUUCGCAUAUGCUGAAGCCGCUGUGCAGAGAAGGUUGCAGGACAACGCUGUGCUGAGCAUCACAUGGCCUCCGAAGUUGUUACAAGCUAUGGCGGAAAAUUACAUCGCAACGGUCGUUGAUGGAAAAUUGUUGAAACAUAUUACUGUACCAGAGAAAUCUGUUGCGGGUAUUCUGAAUCGAUAUCGGCAACAUAUCGAGCAGGUGCCCCACGGUAUGACCGCCGAGUUGAGAAAUGCACACCUUGCUGAAGUGCAGGCUUUGAAUGAAAAUUUUGCGAAGCUCCUUCCAACGAUCUUGACACGCAUGGAAGUACCUCAGCACUCGGAACUCAAGAAAACGAAGAAGAAAGACAGUUUUUACACGGACAGUUAUGGUUUUGUCCAUCUGACUCGGGCAAUCGAGUUAAUGGUCAAGUUCUACAACCUUGAUGGCAAACGACUCAUCGGUAGUUGUGGAGAAGAUCUCUUGGCUAUUUACAACAGCAUUUUGCGAUUUAUUGACGAACACGUUCUGGUGGAUUGCAACGAGGGAGAUGCAAUGUACGUGGAGGCAGACGAGGAGUAUUUGAAGAAAAUCAAGUUUGUGGCAUUUGAGAAGGACAAAUCCAAGCAACCGGAAGAUAGUUUGCAUCAUUCCCAUUUUUUAUCCGAUUCACUAUUGGAAACCCUUCGAAAAACCCCUAAAGAAGAUGGCGAGACUUUCAAAUUAAGCUGGACUGGAGUGAAGCCAACUAAUGGGACGUCAAUGUAGGAGUAAACAGUAGGCAGAUUACGAACAGUUCGAUGCGGUUGUGAGUUCUUUAUCGAUAUUCCUGUUACUACUGAAUACAUUAUUAAAUAUUAACUGGGCAUUUGCAUUGGUGCGGAUUUGGACGGAUAGUGCGAGUUUCUUUGUUGUUAGGAAUCGGCUACUUACAAGUGCUAGUGAAAGUUGAUUUCGCUGGUGUUCUUUUGAUAGGCAGAUUUGAUCUGCGUGAUUUUGGUUAGUAUUAAAUUUUUAUUGCGCA